AUGACAAGGACCAAGAUAAGAACUAGGACCAAGAAAAAGACAACUACCAAGAUAAGGACAAGGACCAAGAUAAUGACAAGGACCAAGAUAAAGACAAGGACCAAGAAAAGGACCAGGACCAAGAUAAAGGACAAGAACCAAGAUAAUGAGAAAGACCAAGAUAAGAACAAAGAUAAGGACAAGGACCAAGAUAAGGACAAGGACCAAGAUAAGGACAAGAACCAAGAUAAAAACAAGGAAAAAUAUGAGGACAAGAACCAAGAUAAGGUUAAGAGCCAAGAUAAGGUUAAGAGCCAAGAUAAGGACAAGAACCAAGAUAAGGACAAGAACCAAGAUAAGGACAAGAACCAAGAUAAGGACAAGAACAAAGAUAAAGACAAUAAUCAAGAUAAGGACAACAAGAACCAAGAUAAAGAUAAGAACCAAGAUAAGGACAAGAACCAAGAUAAGGACAAGAACCAAGAUAAAGACAAGAACCAAGAUAAAUACAAGAACCAAGAUAAAGACAAGAACCAAGAUAAGGAUAAGAACCAAGAUAAGGAUAAGAACCUAGAUAAGGAUAAGAACCAAGAUAAGGAUAAGAACCAAGAUAAGGACAUGGACCAAGAUAAAGACAAAAACUAA